AUGGUCAACGGCAAGGAAGUGAAGACCGGUCUCAUCGUGGGCCUCAACCAUGGUCACAAAGUCACCCCCCGCUCGGUGAAGCCUCGUGUGUCGCGCAUGAAGGGCCACCUCAGCAAGCGUACUGCCUUCGUUCGGGACAUUGUCAAGGAGGUCUCUGGCCUCGCACCAUACGAGCGCCGCGUUAUCGAAUUACUCCGCAACAGCAAGGACAAGCGUGCACGCAAGCUCGCGAAGAAGAGACUCGGAACUUUCGGCCGUGCGAAGCGCAAGGUUGACGAGAUGACCAAGGUCAUCGCCGAGAGCAGGRGAGCGGGUCACUAA